AUGGCUUCUCAUCUUACCAAUGGUCAAACAAACGGGGCUACUAGGCCCCUUGAAGGCCUUUGCAGUCUAGCCAACCUUCCCAAAUCGAAUAACUUCACCUCCAAGCUUCCUCCAGAUCCUGCUUUUCCAACACCAAAAGAUUCUCACGAUGCGCCACGAGUCAACCUCGGCCCACGAACGGUUCGAGAUGCUCUUUACACUUUUGUUCGUCCAGUUCCAGUAGACAAGUCCGAACUCCUCGGCGUGAGUCCCAGGGCAAUGCAAGAUAUCGGGCUGAAGCAGGGUGAGGAGGAAACCCAGGACUUCAGAGAUCUAGUCGCUGGAAACAAGAUAUUCUGGACCCAAGAAAACGGCGGAAUAUAUCCUUGGGCACAAUGCUAUGGCGGAUGGCAAUUCGGGUCAUGGGCUGGUCAAUUGGGUGAUGGUAGAGCUAUAUCGUUGUUCGAGUGCACGAAUCCACAGACAAAGGUCAAGUACGAGAUCCAACUGAAAGGUGCCGGAAAAACUCCGUAUUCGAGAUUUGCGGAUGGGAAGGCCGUGCUAAGGUCAAGUAUACGAGAAUUUGUGGUUUCAGAAGCCUUGAACGCGCUGAGAAUACCGACGACGAGAGCGCUGGCCUUGACUCUUACCAAUGACAUGGUGGCGAGAGAGACAAUGGAGCCUGGUGCGAUAGUGGCAAGAUUUGCACAGAGUUGGCUAAGGAUUGGCACAUUCGAUAUCUUAAGAGCUAGAGGAGAUCGACAGCUGGUGCGGCAGGUUGCGAAUUACAUUGCCGAAGACGUCUUCUCAGGCUGGGAAUCCCUGCCAUCAGCACUCCCCAAAGACAAAACAGAAGCACAUAUCGACCCUCCACGCGGAGUGUCUAAGGACUCCAUUGAAGGUUCCAAAGGUGCAGAAGAGAAUCGUUUCACCCGUUUGUACCGAGAGAUCGUCCGCAGAAAUGCAGAGACCGUGGCUGCAUGGCAGGCGUACGGUUUCAUGAAUGGAGUUCUCAACACAGACAACACGUCCAUCUUCGGUUUAUCCCUCGACUUCGGUCCCUUUGCAUUCAUGGAUAACUUUGAUCCAGCUUACACACCCAACCACGAUGAUCAUAUGCUCCGGUAUUCAUAUCGCAACCAGCCUUCUGUGAUCUGGUGGAAUCUUGUCCGUUUGGGAGAGUCAUUUGGCGAGCUCAUUGGCGCUGGUGAUCAGGUCGACACCGAGGUCUUCAUCAACGACGGUGUGUCGGACGAUUUUGCACCCAUUCUCAUCGAGCGCGCAGAGACCAUCAUCACCCGUACCGGCGAGGAAUUCAAAGCGCUCUUUAUGACGGAGUAUAAGCGGCUUAUGACUUCGAGGCUGGGCCUGAAGACCCAAAAGGACUCGGACUUCAAAGAUCUAUUCUCGAACUUGUUGGAUACGCUAGAGAAGCUCGAGCUUGACUUUAACCAUUUCUUCCGUCGGUUGUCAUCCGUUAAAGUCUCGGAAAUAGUGACCGAAGACCAGAGAAAACAGAAAGCUCGCAUUUUCUUCCACAAAGAAGGCGUUUCUGGCCUUGGUGAGACCAACGAUUCCGCAGCCCAAAGAGUAAGCACAUGGCUGGCAUCGUGGCGGCAGCGCGUGGUGGAGGACUGGGGCGAGCAACCAGAUGCGGAUAACGAGCGGGAGGCUGCCAUGAAAUUGGUGAAUCCGAAAUUCGUGCCCCGGGGAUGGGUAUUGGAUGAGGUGAUUAACAGGGUACAGAACCAGGACGAUAGGGAGAUAUUGGGUCCAAUCAUGAAGAUGGCCCUGGAGCCAUUUGCUGAGGAAUGGGGAUGGAACAGAGAGGAGGAGGAGCGUUUUUGUGGCGAUGUGCCUAGAGAAGGGCGCGGAAUGAUGUGUAGUUGUAGUUCAUGA